AUGAACAUAUUAAAGUAUCACUUUCUUUUGGUAUACGCGUUUUUAAAUGUACCCUUUAACCUGACCACCAAGAAUAAAAUUAUAAAAAAUGAGAGGAAGGAAUUCGUUGGGAUAAAGAACUACACAGGGGGGAGAGGGAAAAAUGCAAAGAGGAAGAACCUGUGGACAGGUGGUUUGCAUCGUAUAUGUGCAAAGGGCCCAUUGAGGGUACAUACCCUUCGGAGAAGAGAGAAGCGAAUGAACAAGUUUACAUUUUUGCAUGCAGUAAAAGGGAGUUAUGCAAAAAUGAUAAGGAGAAGUAACCCCUGCGAAGAGAACGCAGCGCAGAAGCAUUAUCGCCACUACAGCAUAGUUUUGCAAAUUAAGAAGAGGCCUUGCUCCCGCAUGUACCAGGUGAACUCUAUCUUUGACUACCCCGGAUUCGGUUUCACCGUCCUGAAGGAAUCACAUCAAGAGGGUAACCACAGUAGAAUUGGUAUUAUAAAAACUCCAAGGGGGGAAAUAGAAACCCCCAACUUUCUCUUCUGUGCCACAAAAGGGUGCAUGAAGUCAACGCCAAUAAACUUCGUAAAGGAUUCUAAGACGCAAAUUAUUCUGUCCAACACUUUCCAUCUGUUGAUUCAUCCGAAGCCACAUGUCAUUUUCCAGUUGGGUGGGUUGCACAGGUUCAUGAACUGGCAGGGCCCCAUCCUCACCGACUCGGGGGGGUACCAGCUCUUCAGCAUGACAUUCGGCUCCGUUUCGGACGAGAUAAAGAGGAAGUCCAAGGGGAGCAUAGGUGGCAUAGGUGGCACAGGUGGUGGAGGUGGCACAGGUGGUGGAGGUGGCACAGGUGGUGGAGGUGGCACAGGUGGUGGAGGUAGCGCUGGUAGCAAAGUGGCCACCUUCGUCCCCCCGAAGUGCCCUCGAGGAGACAUAAUCGUAAGAAUCAAUGAGCAGGGGGCUCUGUACAAGUCGUACCACGAUGGAUCUCUGGACAUGCUGACGCCGGAAAGCUCCAUCCAAGCACAGUAUCUUCUGGGGAGUGACUUCGCAGUAGUGCUGGACGAAUGCACUCCUUACCACAUAGAAAGGGAGUAUACGGAACGGUCGAUGCACAGAUCGCAUAGGUGGUACAUUAGGUGUCUUUUAGAAUUUAAAAAAGCAAUGAGCAUGCCAAAUUACCAUUCCUACCUGAACGAAUUGCACAACAAGAAGUACAAUGUGAAACACAAAUGGAUAGAAAGGGAAACCAAUAAACAGGCUCUCUAUGGAAUAAUCCAGGGAGGAAUAUACCCCGACUUGAGGAUGAAAAGUUGCCAGGUCGUUUGCAAUUUGCCUUUUUUUGGCCUCUGCAUAGGGGGUUGCCUAGGGAAGGAUAAGCAAAUGAUGUACAGCGUGAUAGAGAAAACCAUGGAGCUUGUCAGGGACGAGACUAGUGUUUCCUCAGUGGGGCAAGCCGACAGAGUGUCUAGGACACUUCUUGGCAGCACUAAACCGGUACAUCUCCUGGGAAUUGGUCAAAUUAAAGAUAUAUUUUUUGGAGUGCGACAGGGGAUUGAUACCUUUGAUUGCGUCAUCCCCACAAGGCUGGCAAGACAUGGGUACUACCUAUGUACAGUUAAAACCAUUAAAGGUAUGGAAGAAAAAUUAUGUAAAAGUAUUAAGAAAGAGUACAUAAAGAUAAAGUCGAAAAUUCACGAAUUGGAUAAAAAUCCUCUUGAGAAUAAUUGCCCUUGCUACACAUGUGAGAAUUACUCAAGAGCAUAUUUGCACCACCUGUACAAAAUUAAUGACAAUUUGUUGGGUACCCUACUGACUAUACAUAAUGUGUGCUACAUGAAUCGCCUCAUGGAAGAUAUUCGUGAAGGGAUCAGGCGAGACCGCUUGGACGAGGUUGAGAGGAAAUGGGUUCGGUGA